AUGGCCAACUUUCGAAGAUUCCAGCCCGACGACCUCAACAAGCUGUCGAAAUGUAACCUUGAUCCGCUGACCGAGACGUACGAGCUGGGCUUCUACUUGCAGUACUACGCCAAGUGGCCGUCGCUCUUCCAGGUCGCCGAGGACCAGCACGGCAACAUUAUCGGCUACAUCAUGGGCAAGCUCGAGUCGUCGCCCGACGUGUACCGCUUCUCGGAGCACUACCUGCCGUGGCACGCGCACAUCACCGCCGUCACGGUCGCCCCCGAGGCGCGGCGCCUGGGCAUCGGCAAGCUGCUUACGGAGCAGCUCGAGACGGCCGCCGACGCCAACAGCGCCUGGUUCGUCGACCUGUUUGUGCGCAGCACCAACUACAAGGCCAUCGCCUUCUACAAGAGCAUGGGCUACAGCGUCUUCCGCGUCGUCAAGGACUACUACGGCGACCACUCCAGCGACCCCUCCCAGUCCUCCGAGGACGCCUACGACAUGCGCAAGCCCAUGGAGAGGGACGUCAAGAAGGAGCACAUCCGCGCCGACGGCGACAAGUACGAGGUCGACCCCAGCGAUGUCUGGUGA